CGACUUUGUGACGAGGUAAUCCCCAAGCUUAAAGUAGCCUGCUUAAGAAACUGUUUACGGGAAGCUAGUGAAAAAGUUUCUGGAAACAAAGCCGAACUCGCACAGCGUUUGCGAGUUGCGUUGCUGAAACGAAGGCCCGGCUCGAGUGACUAUGAAGCAAUAAAAGCAACCAUCUACGCCUACGCUAAAAUACCCGAGUGUUCCACCCACGGACAAUUAAUUAUACGUGCAUUUCCAGAUUACACUCAGACAUCUAUGAACUCUACAAGAGAUAUUAUCAUGUUUCAACCCUCACCCUUUUUCGAAGUGUUGGACAGAAUCUCGGAGAUAAGCCAUUGCCCUGCAUCAGAUAAUAAUGCAAGGGCGUCGGUCGAAUUUAGGUUGACGAGGAACGUAAUAGAUAAAAUACGCGAUCGGCACACGAGCAAUUGCCAAUUGUGUUUAUUUUGCUGUUCAGAUAUUGAUUUCUCUCCACAACGGAAGUCAGAGUAUGCUCUAAUGGAAUUUCCUCAACGAUGCGAAGUUUUUGUCAACAACAAUCGAUUGGGUGGUGAUUUGAAAGGUUUGAAAAAUCGUCCAGGGACAGUAUCGCCACCCAAUAUAACACAUUUGGUUGCACUGGACACGUCGACUUUGAAUAAAAUCGAAAUGGUUUACGACAAAACAACCAAGGCAUAUACGUUUAUGCUACAGUUAGUCAGGAAGAUAUCGGUGAAAACACUUGUUAGCAAGAUAGAAAGCAAGAAAUUUAUAAGUAGAGAACAAGUCAUUGAGAAAAUGAAGCGACAGGCGGAAGAUGCGGAUGUAGUUGCUACAACGAGUAUCAUUUCAUUGAAAGAUCCCCUCUGUCAUCUUCGUAUGAAGCUUCCUUGCAAAUCAGUUCAUUGCACUCAUAUAGAGUGUUUCGAUUGUGAGAUCUUCUUGAAGAUGAAUGAACAGACACCUACAUGGACGUGUCCAGUGUGCAACAAAUCAAUAGCAUCGUUGGAGGAAAUUGUAGUUGAUGGAUAUUUCAAACACAUAUUACAAUCUGUACCAGAAGAACAGGAAACAGUCACAAUCGAGCCAGAUGGUUUAUGGUCAAUAGGAAGGCCGUCACCAUCAAAGAUUACAGCCGUCACCAUAAAAAAGGUUACCCAGGAGGAAAUCAUUAUCAUAGACGAUUCUGACUCUGAAGACACCGAUUCCGAUUCACCCACGGAUACGAACAGAUUUCCAGCUGGCAAGGCACAGUUCAGCCGCAUGCUUUUGUCCAAGCGCGAUCGUCCAGUCGAAAUAAUCGAUCUCACUCUUUCUAGUGAUGAAGAAGAUACUGACAACUCUGCACCACCAUCCUCAAAACGCUUUUGCGCACUUUCAGUAACAACACCACUUCCAUCGACAACAUCGUCGGUAUCGUCGGCAACGUCAGUAUCGUCAACAACAUCACCGCUUUCGACGUCAACAACACCAACACUUCCGGCAACAUCAGCACUUUUAUCAGCUGCAACAUCAGCUCUCUCACCAACUCUUCCAUCAGUGGCAGCGAUACUCCCAACAACCGUAAAAUUAGAACCACCCAAAGUUCAUUCUGCCAAUAAUUUUCUUCCUUCGCCAUCAACUAUCGCCUUAGGUAACUUACGGUCUCCAUCGCCUAGUGAUAUGUUCAAUCAAAUGGAUCUUUUUCCGAAUGUACCGUGGGAUAGUUACAGUAAUUUGGGAGAUAGAGGGGAGCUAACAAUGUUUAAUCAAAUCCAGAUGAACCAGAACGUAAUAGAGUACGAUGAUGAUGGUCUGUACAGUCUUUGGCCAUGA